AUGAAGGUCAACACUAUCUUUAAUAUCUUAGUUGCCUUAGCCGCUUAUAUUCCUACGGCAGAAGCACAUAAAUGUGUUAUCAAACGUGUCUUCAGCGACGGUUCUUCAGUGAAGAUUCCAGCUCAACCAGCUCAAAGCACGACCAUUUCCAAACAGGCUGUCUGGGUUUAUGGUAACUGCCAGCCAUUUCCUGUAGUUCUUAACGAUGGAUCGAAAUUAAGUGGAGAAAUUGAGACACCAGCAGUGACGCCUGUGGAAAGUGUGGACGAGGAUGAUUGCUUUGAAUUGGACAUUUCUGGGCAAAGAUAA